AUGAUCCAGCUUCUUUACUCAGUGAUCUUCGCCGAAAUGGCGCUAAUCCUCCUUCUCCUCUUCAAGACGCCUCUCCGAAAGCUCAUCAUCCUCACCUUCGAUCGUAUCAAGCGUGGCCGUGGCCCCGUCGUCGUCAAAACCGUCGGCGCCACCGUAUUCGUUGUUCUAAUGUCGAGCGUCUACAGUUUGCUCAGUAUCCAGCGACGAUCCGAGGAUGGUGCCGUUCUCAAUCCCACCGAUCAAGUCCUUGCUUCGAAGCAUCUUCUUGAAGCUUCUCUAAUGGGAUUUGUGCUAUUUCUCUCGCUCAUGAUUGAUCGACUUCACCAUUACAUCAGAGAGCUUCGUUUACUGAGGAAGACGAUGGAGACUGCGAGGAAACAGAACAGAGGAUUUGAGGAUGGGAAAAACACAAGUGGAGACGAAGUUAAAGCGCUAGGGGAAGAAAUCGCGGGUCUUAAGGCGAAGAUCAAGAAACUAGAAUCGGAAAGUGAAAGCAAAGGCAAAGAACUAAAAGGUGCACAAGCUGAAACUGAGGCUCUGAGAAAACAAGCGGAUGGAUUUCUUCUUGAGUAUGAUAGGCUGCUUGAGGAUAAUCAGAAUCUGAGGAAUCAGUUGGAAUCUAUUGACCAAAGUCCAGAGGGGAAAAAGAGUAUGUGA